GCUAUUUGUACCAUGAUUCCGCCGGGGGACUGUUUAUAUGCCGGGAGGAAGAGGAGAAAGCCUGUCCAAAAGCAAAAACCGGCCUCGGCCAACCAGAAGUCCAACCCGUCCAAGCGGCACCGCGACCGGCUGAACGCAGAGCUGGACCGGCUGGCCAGCCUGCUGCCCUUCACCCCCGACGUCAUCUCCAAACUGGACAAACUGUCCGUGCUCCGCCUGAGCGUCAGCUACCUGCGUGUCAAGAGCUUCUUCCAAGCUAUUCAGGAGAAGCCCUGCAGCAAGCAGAGCGGUGAGCCCCCCAGCGCCAUGGCCGACCCCAGGAGGGAGGCCUCUCCAGCGGGCUGCGGCGGUGUGGUGGAGAGCGACCUCCUGCUGGAGUCUCUCACUGGGUUUGCUCUGGUCGUGAGCUCUGAUGGCAUCAUCUUCUACGCCUCAUCGUCUAUUGUCGACUACUUGGGCUUCCACCAGACGGACGUGAUGCACCAGAACGUCUUUGAUUAUAUCCAUGUGGACGAGCGGCAGGAGUUCAGAAGACAGCUCCACUGGGCCAUGAACCCUGCCCAGCAGGAGCACCACGCAGCCUCAGGAACCGGAGAGGACUUUGUGGUGGGCAGUCUGUUCAACGCCCAGGAGGCAGACGGCGUCCCUCCUGAGCUCGUCCCAUUCCUCACACGCUGCUUCAUCUCAAGGCUCCGCUGCCUGCUCGACAGCACCUCAGGCUUUUUGAGUUUGCAGUUCCAGGGCAGUCUGAAGUUCCUGCAGGGCCAGAAGCGGAAGACGGAGUCCGGGGCCCUGCUGCCGCCCCAGAUGGCCCUCUUCUGCGUGGCCACGCCCCUGGUGCUGCCCUCCAUCACCGAGCUCAAGAUGAAGAACAUGAUGGUCAAGAACAAGCAGAAGGGCAACUGUGAGAAGAGGCCGCGUGUGUCCAGAGGAGAGAGCGGCGACCUGCUGCUGCUGAACUGGCCCGGCAGCAGCUCCUCCAGCCACAGCCCGUGGCGAGCCCUCUCCAAAGAGGCCCUCAAGUACAAGGGCGAGGGCUACCUCUCCUCCCAGGACGAGCCGCUCAACUUCUGCCUGUCCUCGCUGGGCGGCCCCAAGGCCCAGCACGUGGACGCCCCCUGGGACGUGUGCUCUGGCGCGGGCCUUCGGGUUGGUCCCGGCGCCGGCUACCUUCCAGGGAAGCUGGGCAAGUAUGGCAAGUACGCGUUCCCCCACGGCGGCACUCACAGCCACAGGGCUGAGGCGUCUCACAGCAAGCUGUACGAGGGCCUCCACGCGCCCGGCCUCGAGGGCUACUGCGGAGACGUGGAGAAGGCGGAGGGCCGCUACAUGGCGCACGGCGAGUGCUACAACGGCAUGCUGCUCCCCGAGACGGCCAUCAAGACGGAGCAGGACUCGGACUCGGAGAACGGUUGCCACGCGUACGCCGGCCCGCACCACAGCGGUGCCUGGCCUGUCAGCGAGAGACGCUACGGAGUCGGACUCGCGUACCCAGACAGCGCGCAGGUGAAAAACGAGUCCAGCUUUUACGACCACUACACCGCAUGCCAGCGUAGCAAGGCUGCCAUCAGCCCACCCCUCAACGGCCACCACAAGUACCUGUAUGCCAGUGGCAGCAGCGGCAGCGGCGGCAGCAAGCCCCUGAAGUGCGUCCUGAACAAAGACGCCGCUGAUCCACUCGGCGGCAGUCAGGGCGCCAACUGUGUGGACGGGCACAUGUAUGCCAACGGCGUGGCGGAGCACAAGGCUUACAUGCAGCAGGACUACAAGCUCUACGAGUUCAGAGGUCGCGGCCUGGUGCACACCAUCAAACGGGAGCCCAUGGACUCUCCCCCCUGGUCCGAGGGCAGCCAUGACCUGAGCCAGAUACACGCACAGAGGAACAUCAUGGCCAACUGCACAAUGAAUACUAUUGCACACAAGUCGAAUCCCUACAUAUACAUGCAGUGAACUUCAGCUGGGGCCAAGAAUCUCUCUUUUUGCAGUCUUUUAUUUGCAGUCAGUUUUUUGUUGUUUGGUUCUUCAAAGAAUUCUUCCACUUAAGCUCAGGAUUACCUCAAUUUUACAGUGAAAUGGGAUUUUCAUUUUAUUUUUCAGUGAUUUACAUUUUUAUAAAGAGGCACUUUUUACAUGAUUUAGCAACAUUUUUAGAUUUUUUUGUGUGUAUUUUGAGUGGUUAAAUUUGCCCUUAAACGUUACCUCAAACACUGUACGAAAUUGUGAAAG